AGUAUGGAGCACCUGGUAGUCACUCAUCGACUGGACUAAAGUGGAGCUGUGUACAGUGGACUGACAAACACAGCAAUGCGGACGAAGAGAGGCUGAUACAAGGGGGGAAUAGUCCGGCUUUCUGUAACAUAUCAACGUAUCUAAGCUUUAAUAGCUUGUAAAGUAUAAAGAAGCGGAUAUUUCGUCCUCGAGAGGACGUUGAAGAGGACGUUAGCUCGCUUGGAAGCAAAACCUGGGCGGAUAUUUCCCGAGGAAAACCUGAAACCACAUCCGUAUUCCCAGCCCUGCGGUCGUGUGGAAUACAACUCAACUAAAAGAAUGGUUGCCUGAGCAUUUUUAUCCAGUCUCCUUCACCUUUCGCCAGCAUCGCUUGGGAUUUUUUGGGUUAUUUUAACAGUGCCGCUAUGGUGGACUCCCCCACUAAGAGGAAGACUUUUGUGGUCCCAGACAUAAAGCCGCUGGAUCUGUAUGACUGCAGCAGAUCCAAAAUAUGCGCAAGUGUAGGAUGGCUGCUGGCGAAGUCCUACGGGAGCUCAGAAAAUGUCCCUGCAGAACUGCGUGACCCCUUCUACUGUGAUCAAUAUGAACAGGAGCAUUUAAAACCACCAGUCACACGCCUGCUCCAGUCCUCAGAGUUAUAUUGUCGCAUCUACAGCAUUAUAGUUGGAAGUGCUGGAUCUGAGGCGCAGCCCAAAGACAACGUCACCCUGCUGCACCAACUCUCUCAACGAGGAGUAGUCGCCAAAGAUCACGGAGCAACAGUGACGGAGGCAGACCUUCGACAUAAACCAAUUAAGAUGAGCGCCCAUCUGGCAGUGAUGGAUGCUUUGAUGGCAGUGGGAGCCAUAGAGACUGUAACUGCAGUGAAGACAUAUGGAUCUGCUGAAUUAGUGGAUGGAGCUGCUAGCUGGGAAGAUGCUCUACUUAACUGGGUUAAUGUGUUAAACCAGAAGCUCAGAGAACGAAGUGAAGGAGCUCAGAAUGACUCUGAGGCAGCAACAGAGCCCCAACCUGUUGAGCCCUCUUGUCCUACACGCUGGUAUUGGAAACUUGUUCCUCUCCGCUACAGGAAGGAUAAAAUACAGUCCAAAGUGAAGCCGAUAUUUCCGGAAGUGAAUGAAGUUAAAGACCUCUCCAGCGGUUGUGCUGUUGCAGCUGUCAUACAUUACUAUUGCCCUGGGUUAUUGAGGCUUGAAGAUGUUUGUAUGAAGGACUCCAUGUCAGCAGCAGACAGCCUGUACAACCUGCAGUUCAUCCAUGAAUUUUGUGACAGCUGUUUGAAGGGCUGCUGUCACUUGACACUCGAAGACAUGCUCUACACCCCACAGGAGCUACAGCUCAAUUUUCUGAGUUUCCUGUCUGAGCUUCUUCACUGGUUUGAAGUUGAAAAGCCAGAAUUUGUUCAGCCGAUCCACGCUUCAGAUGGAUCCACAUCUAGGACAUGUAGCGUCGAUGGUAACAGUUCGUCUCCCUCCAUCUUCAGGAAGCCUUUUCUCCCCAUUUCGUCUUCUGCAUCAGGACCUUUGACUCAGUCUACCUCCAUGUCUCAUAUAGAAGGAGUUGGAAAGACUUGGAGCAAGAAACCUCUCAGCCGUCCCCUGUCAGCAGUAUCCUUCAGCAUUCCUUUUGGCCUUGACAGUGAUGUAGAUAUAGUGAUGGGCAACCCUGUAAUAACCCGCUCCAUGAGCUCAGAUCAGCUAAACCCACCAGGUCACAGCAUGAAAGAACCCUACACUCCUCCCGAAGACAUCAGCCAUUUGGUUGGUAAAUCCCCUGGACCAAACGGUCCACAGAGGGCAUCAUGGGCCACACAGACUCCAGUUAUCCCAAGGGUUGCUGAGGAGAAUGGACUGGAGACAAAUGAAACUGGUGAGCUUCCUACAAUUGAAGAGGCUCUUCAAAUAAUUCACAAUGAAGGAAAGAUGGAACCUCGGUUACACCCUGAUGGUGCUCCAGAUGGCUUCUUCCUCCACUCUCCUGAUGAUCCUGCUAGUUCUAGAUAUGAUGGCAGCCUGGCACCCAUAAGUUGCUCUGCCCCAUCACGAUCUGGAAUGAUGUACCAGUCUAAAGAGCCAGCUCGCACCAGAAACACCUCAGGAUGUUCACAGGAUGAUGAUUCAGUAAUGAGAGAUGGGAGUUUGGAUUCAGAUACCUUUGAAGACCUGCCAAAGGCCCAGUCGACUCCAAACACACCAGCUGCCAAUGCAAAAACUUCUGCUGGCUAUAAUAAGGAGGCACCUGACAGCGGAGUGAAGAUGACGAGCUUUGCUGAGCGCAAAAAGAGACAGAACCUGGAUUCUCCUAAAGCUAAUGAUCCAUCAUCUCCUCAGAUGACCACAUGGGCGCAGAAGUCUGAAGAAAGCCCGAGCAAAAGUCCGCAACUAAAUAAUGAAAUGUCUGAACUGGGAGCUCGACUUGAAGAAAAACGAAAAGCCAUUGAAGCCCAGAAGAAACGCAUUGAGGCCAUUUUUGCAAAGCAUCGCCAAAAACUGGGGAAGAGUGCCUUUCAACAGCUUAAAAAGGAGCAGAAUGAGGCUGAUUUUGAGGGGAAAGGAGGAAGUGGUCAAGUGAAUGCCCCUUCCAAACAUUUGACAUUUGAGGAAACUCUUGCUCGAAUGGAGGAGGAGGAAGAAAAGGUACAAGAUCAACAGCGCCUCUCUGUGGAGGGUGACAUAAGUGUUGGAGGAGGACCCCUGCUCAUCAAAGACUCCACGCAGCUUAAAGAAAAGGCAGCUAUGGCAGGAGAGAAGAGCUUAGGGACACCUGGAGAAAAGACAGUAGCUCCUUUAGGGGAUUAUAACAAUGCUGUUUCCAAGUUGACUGCAGCACUAUCCUCCCUGCAAACUGACAUGCAGAGGCUGAGUGAGCAGCAGGAUCAACUCAUCAAGAAAAAACCUGCAGCAUCUGCAAACAAAUCCUGGGUUAUUCCAGCCAACCCUAAACCUUCCAGCUCAGGUCCUCGUCUCUCGCGCGAAUCCACCAGAAGUUUAAACUUGACAUCCUCCUCUCCCUCACCAUCGCGCAGAAUGACUAAUAAUACCGCUCCUCCAAAAUCUCCUAAUGUUCACCGGAGAGCUCACUCUGUACCCCCAAAAAGUCCAAAACACAGUCGCCAAAUGGACACUAAGUGUCCCACAUCGUCAAGGGUUCUGACACCACCUCAGAAUGUGGACAACAUUCCCCAUCGGCGUCGAGUAAAUCCUUGGCAGUCCCAAGUUCAGACUUCAUCCUCCAUCUCUUUAGGUAACUCUGAAAGCAUGGAUGAACUGCGCUCAAUCGGGCCUACUCCUGUCCCCUCUCCUUCACCGACUCCUAUACCAUCAGAGGCAGGCUCCAAUGAUGGACAGAGUAUUUUUAGCAUGGACAUGGAGGCAGGGCACUCCCCUAGUCCUCUGUUAAGGAAGGAAGGUCUUGCUAGUGCAGGCUGCAGCUCUGGUGCCCCUUCAGAGUGCUCCUUUGACAGUGAAGCCCCUGCUGGAAUGUCAAAUGGCAAACGCAGCAGUCUAAUAGAGAUCCCAUUGGGAGCAGAAAGAGAGGAGGAUGACCAGAUGCCUGUAUUCGAUUCGGAGAGUGACCGAACAGAGACAGAAACAACGGGGGGAGUUGGCUUCUUUUUCAGGGAUGAAAAGGAUCGACCAGAGGAUGAAAUGGCACAGCGAAGAGCCGCUUUGCUUGAGAAGCAACAGAAGAGGACGGAAGAGAUGAAGAGACGCAAACUUGAGCAAGAGAAGGAAAAAGAAUCAAACAAGCCUCAGUGGAUGAUCAUUGAGGGCUGGGGCAAUAAGAAUGAAGAAACACCCCAGAGCCCGGCCACCCCUCCAGCAUCAAGCACCCCAGCAGAAGGGACUCCCAAGCGCAGAGACGAGUUUACUAGGCAGGAGUAUGAGAGGCGACAGCAACUUAAGAUUAUGGAAGAUCUGGACAAAGUGCUGAAGCAGAAACCUACCACUGUACGCGGCGUAAAGAAGCAAAGACCCAAGACCGUUUUCAGAGAUGACUCAGUUUUGUCCAGCAGUCCUGUCAAAGGAAAUAGGCUGAACAAAGUGUACUCCCACUCAACGAUGAACCUGUCAUCUAUGGCUAAUGACUCUGGAGGUCUGACUGUCAGGAAAUCUCCAAGCCGAUCACACUCUCCCUCCCGCUCACGGCUAAUGUCACCAGGGCGAAGAAGUGCCCAGAAUGGGGACUGGGAAAAUGGUUCCACCAUUUCCUCCCCAGCGUCCAUCCCAGAAUACACAGGACCAAAGCUUUACAAGGAACCUAGCUUUAAGUCAAACAAAUUUAUCAUCCAUAAUGCUAUCACGCGCUGCUGCCUGGCUGGAAAGGUCAAUGAACCACAAAAAAACAAGAUUGUUGAGGAAAUGGAAAAAAGCACAGCUAACCACUUCCUAAUCCUCUUCCGAGAUGCCAGUUGCCAGUUCAGAGCAGUAUACACUAUGAACCCUGAAACCGAGGAGAUGGUACGGCUCACUGGGAUUGGCCCGCGGAUCAUUACGCCUGAGAUGGUCGAGUCCAUUUAUAAGUACAGCUCUGACCGUAAACAGUUCACCGCCAUCCCGUCCAAAACCAUGUCCAUGAGUGUGGACGCUUUCACCAUCCCUAACCAGUUCUGGCAGAAGCGGCCGGGAACUCCUAAGAAGCUUAGCACCCCAAAAUAGACAUCUGCCUAAGGUUGGGAAGGAUGUUGUAAUUCAGGAAAUAAAUCCAAAUUGCAAUUGUGGAGUGUUGGAUUGUUUUGUUGUAGGGAGAAAAAUGGCUUGAGCGCUCAGGUAUUUGGCCUAUUAUAAAGUUGGACCCAGAGAUCUGUCCAGGCUGCAAUAUUUGCCUAGACGAUAUGUCCACUCCUUGAAUCAGCCAAUCUAACAAUAAUGUUCAGUCAGAUUGUAAAGUGUAAUGGGACAAAUUUUCAAUUGGAUAGACAACUGUUUCCUAUCUCCUCAUCAUGCCUUGCCUUACCCAUCAUGUCUGAGUCAUGUUCUUUGUUAUUUUUUGUUGUUGUUUUUACUCAUAAAGGGACAGGGAAAAUGACACUGCCUUUGCCUACGCAACAGUAUUUUGGGCACAUGUGGCUCCCACCCUUCUAGGCUCUGCUUGAUUUUUUUCCUUUUGCUGCCUUUUCUUCUUCCAGGGCUCACUUCGGGUUUACUGAGACAGGGUUUCACUUCGGUCUACUGAGACACAUGGCUCACUUCUGAGUGGAAACCAGGGCUGAAGUGUGUAGGCAGUUAACGCUGCUCCCAUAUGAAUGUAGGACACACUUUAACCUUUCCUAGCCAGGACCAGAAAACGCCACAGAUGUUCAAGGUUUACUGCAUUUUGCUUUUCACAUUUAAAACUGCUUGUGCCCCAUACUUUCUGCACUCCACUCCAGCUCUUUUCAGGUGUUGACAUCUGGAUGUUUUUUUUUAAUACUUUUUGACAUGUUUUUGCUAGCGACAGAUUGGGGCUUUGGGAGCUGAAAGAAGGAAAAAAAAAUUUCCCAGGAUUGUUUCCUCUUUUGUUGCUUUAUCAUGGAAAUAGUACUUUGUUUUGGGGGGAGGGGAACAUGAAGGAGGGCUUCAUCUUGUUUAUCAAUAGCUGGAUAAAGCUAUUUAAGAGAAUGAUAAUCAAUGUUGAUUUAAUAUAUGCUGAAUAAUUCCUUUUUUGCUGCUGAUGAUUUGUAAAAAAAAUAAAAAUGUUGACCUUUGUAAGCUAAGAAUAAGCUAGCCUGCUGCUUAAGCAUUAGUGACAUGGUAUGUUUGAGAUGAUAAUGAGUGAAUGAGAAGGACGUUUGCAUUGUUCAACAGCUAAAAUUGCAGAUACUGUUUUAGGAUGGUUAAAUACUUCAGGUCACUGAGCUUGUUUCCUCAUGCAUUGUUCCCUGUUUGUAUGUCCAGACAUAUAAACAGUAGGUUUAUUAAUGAAGGAUCAUUCUGGACUGUAACAGCCCUCUUCUACCCCACAGUCUCUUGAGACUCCUUCACGUACAACUGGGGAAUGUAAAAUGCCAAGUUUUUUUUUCUCAAUGUUAAGAAGAAAAUGACACCAGAAUUGUUUGAUUAAUUUAUUGUUGACACCGAAUCCUGAAAAUUUGCUUUUUUUUUUUUGCAGUCUUGCAGCACUACUACAGUUGCCACAGAGCGGCUAUAUUCUUUUAAAAUCACAGUUUGCCUCCAUGUAAUGUAGUGUUUGAUUGGGAUUCCUGUGGAUGAACUGCUAAAACUAUGAAUUUGAAAUAAACUGUUGAUUGAAUAAGUGUUUGUGGGGGGUUGCAUGUAAAUGAAAUGGUUGACUGUGUUUAUGUAAUUGUAAUGCUUCAUAUGUGGUAGUGAAUACCAUGUAUUGAUUCUGUGCAAUUCCCCCUUAAACUCCCCACCUCACCUAGAGGUAUAUUUAUUUCCAUUUGAUUUAGUUGACAAGUUUUAUUUUUUAGUUUAAGGUUUCACUUUGUUCUUUUCUCUCCAUUUCUUUUCUAAUCUUUUCUUUCUUGAGUUAAGGUUAUGUGUCAAAUUGCCAUUUCAGAGAAGAAGUUAUGUUUGUUUGGUUUCUCCUGUUUUCUUUUCUGUGCCCAGCACAUUUUGUAUGUUUAUUUUAUUAACUGAUUCCUUGGCAACUGGACCAGAAAAAUAAAAUCCUUUUUUAAAUCA